UGCUAUGCAACGAGCAACAAACAAACGUGGCAAGCGUUGGUGAGGGGAUGUUGAAAUGUCAUCUCAUUAUUCAGCAAACCAGUAUGAGUACACCUACAAGCCGCAGAGGCUGCAGAACUGGGGGCCUUCUAAACACUUCAAAGAGAGACCCAGUACACGUAAAGGUCACACCACCUUCAUUGCAGAUGAGAGAGGACAUUUGCUUCCAGGCGUGGUUAAGAGGGGCAGCUCUUGGCCUGACUUUAAGGGUACAUGGGAUCUCCCUGCCCGUCUCCCAGUCCACUCCGUCAACCCCACAAGCCGCUCUGUGGAGGGUCUGAACAGACUGAAGUCCUGGGGCUUCGUCCCACAGCACAGUAACAAGCCUCAGCCACACAGAGGCAGCAUCAGCACAGAUCAGCUGCAGCUUGUCAGACAACAGCCUAGUGCGGAGAAGCAGGAUGGUGCCGCCCCAUCUAGUCGUCCACCAUCUGUAGUCCGACCAGCAUCUCAGGGCCAUCCAGCUGCUUCAGGAGGAAAAACAGAGGGCAAGAACCACAACUCACAGACAACAUUGGAUGCAUCUGUUGCUCAACCUGCAGAAGAUAAACAGGUUUCUUGCGCUGCUGACAAAGACGAGCCAGCGAGCCGGCCCUCUGCAGCUGAAGAGAAGCCAAAUUUCAGGCCUGUUAGCGCAGCGCAGGGCAAAAGGAGAUCAGUCAGCAAUAUGUCAGGGAAACCAUCAAGGCAAAAAACACCAUCAUCACAGCACUGA